UAGAAGCGGGAUUUUUAAAUUUGCCAUCAGUUUUACAAGUUUAGUUGCAAAAUAAAUUCAGCACUCAGAUAUGCCUUCUGCAAUGCCUUACACGGACGUACAUCGAGCGUUCCUGCAAGCCAUAUCCCAGCAUGGUACGAUGAGUGCUAAGCAGGCCUACAAAGCUUUCCUAGCCAUAUGCGCAAAAUACCACGGCAGCGAAGAGAUCCCCACGGAAGAUCAGAUCCCGGAAGUGGUUGCCACGAUCAACGGCAAAUUGUACCGGUACGAUCAGAAAAUCUGCUUCGUUCAUUUCGAUCCGGCAGAUACGGAUUUCUACGUGUUUUGCAAUCAAACUGAAUCGCAGCUCGAUCGGUUGCAAAACACCUACACCGAAUCGGAGCUGGCACUGUUCCGCCUAAUCCUACGAGAGCUGGCAUGCAACGAGGAAAACAAACUGAAACCGAUCGUUUGCCUUAAUCUAACGUCGGAGAUUAAGAGCAAGCCACUCAGCAAGGUGCGAGCCGAAGAGCUGCUGGAGGAAUGGGAAAAACUUGGAUACUUUGUUCAACUGGCUGAGAUGUGGUACUUUGGGCCGAAAACGAUUGGCGAGUUCGAUCGGUACUUGCUAGCAAACUAUCCCGAUGAGAUGCAACGGUGUAAACUGUGCAAGGAAUCAGUGUUCUAUGGCGUCAAAUGUGAUAAGUGUCCGGAUUCGUUCCACAAGGACUGCAUGAAGAAAUAUCUCAAGCGAUUAACGGCUUGCCCCGGAUGCAAGGGGUUGUGGUCUACACGCGUUUAGUGUUGGCUGGGGUGCUUGAAGUAUGUUUUAAAUGUAUUUGUGUCAUUCUACAAUUGUAGUAUAAGCUUGAAUAUAAGUUGUUUUAUAAUGUGUCCAACAAUUAUGAA